AUGACUCCAGGUGACGGAGCAGCUCCAGAAGUCAAAAAGCCUCAAGCCCAAGAAUCAAAUGGUGCGCCAGAUUUCAAUGUCGACAAUGGCUACUCAAUUGACUCUGGAUAUGUCGGAUCAGAGACGGAAGUCAAGCUACCGAAGUGGGUGAAGUGGCCGAAUCCGGAACUAUCUACCGGCAGGCUCAUACUCACGGUUGAAGCGAACCAUUUCUGGGAGGCCAAAGGUCCUGCACUGGAAGUGUUUGAGGAACUGGAGCCAUUGAUAAGUGACUACCUGAAGGCGCACAUGGGACAUAUAUCCGACCCGCUAUUUCGCGUCUUCAUGACGGGCCGAACAGAAGAGAUAGCAAGGCCAGCCAUUGUGUUCUAUUUCCGGGACAUCAGACGCAGAAAGGAUGCAAGAACUAUCAGAGACGCCGUCAGGAAGAGCGGUAUCUUGAAUAGAUACCCUGGCUUCAAAACGGGUCACUCGUCACGGCCAAACGACUAUGCGGCGCUUUUUCCCGACGAUGAUUUCACCUGGCCCCAAACACCCUCUCUUGAUAGGAUGAGCGAAACUGGAAUUUCCACUUUGACAAGUCCAAGUCUCGCUGAAGUACAAGUUGAGCACACGUGGGAAGAAACCUUGAUCCCUAGCUCAAACAUCUUUCAGGAAUCUCUACCGAACGAAACUGAUUAUGGGUCCGAAGAGACCGUCCCAAAGUGGGUGCGGCUCACCAGAUGGAUCACUGACAUAAUCUGGCCAUCACCAGACGGCUCGCAGAGGUUAUGGUAUCUUUGUGGCUGUGGCCGGUAUACGUACAUUGACGUGAGAGAACUAGAAGACUCGGAAGGUGGGGUGGAAAGCGUGCGGCAAAACAUUAUGAAGAAUGCCGCUGCGGUCCGAGGACGUCCAAAUUUGCCACAGAAUGGUGUUACGGCCCCCAGUCUACCGGCGCUGGCCACACCACCGGGCGUCUAUUCAACCACAAGCUCCACACGGGCCGCUCUGCCAAUAAGCUCGACACAUACUAGGGCAACGGCCCUUCCAAGUCUACCCGCAACCCCUACUAUGAACUUGAUGGCACCGAACUCGGAAGAACCUCGGGAUAUGCACCUCCUGGUCUGCGUCGGAGGGAGAGAAUUUCAAACGCUAGCAAAAGUCCGGCAUGUCCACAUUGGAUAUGAUUGGAAUGAUGGUAUGCUUCUAAACGCACUGCUCAGAGAGUAUGAGGAAGCUCGCCGAGGACAACAAUGGUCGAUCUCCUCUCUCCUUCCGACCGUACCAGCUACAAUCAAGACUUCGUCGCUCGCUCAGUACCUGCGUACCAGUCAAAUGAUAUCUGCGAUUCGGUCUUCGUCCACUUGGGACUUGUGGCGGAAAUGGGUGUCUGAUGGCGGCCUAUGGGCUCCUCUACACACGCCAAGUACAGCUGACUUUGUGAAGUUCCAUGUGUUUUCCCAAGCAGCUACAGCAGAGACCUACCCUGACCAAUUCGAAUGUGGCCGGUGGCCUUCCUCGACAGAUCGCUAUCUUUAUGAGCCUGUCCCAAUGAGACUCACCACACUGAAUAUCCCGCUGUGGCACGAGCUCAAAUACCCGGGGCCCCAUCUUCGCCACCAGUGGUACAAUGCCGCUGCGAAAAAGCUUGACGGUCCGCUCUUUGACGAGCCUUUCCCAAAUUUCGACAGCAUACCGAACAUUGUGGGCUAUGGGAUUCGUGUCAACGAGCGACGAAACGACGUAUUAAUUUUGUGGUGGUGUUGGCUGGGUAUCGUCUUCACUGGCAUCAUUGUUAUCAUGUUCGCACACUGUACAGGUGACACUUCUUCCGCAUUUGGCUUGGGAGCAUAUCUUCUGGCGGCUCUUACGGUCUACAUUCAACUGCAAUACGCCUGGUGGAGGCAACAAACGACUUUUUAG